GUGGCCGGCGCCAGCACUUGCAGCAGAGCUGGGCUGCGGCGUGGGAAAGAGCUGCGAGGAGCCAACCGCGCCGCGCGUGAGCCGCGCCUGCCGGGCUAAGGGAGGGAGGGAGGUCGCAACGCUGCUCGGCGUCCGUAGCUCUGGCCGGGCUGCGCCCCCGCGCCGCCUUCGCGGCGAUGAAGCGCCCGUGCGAGGAGACGACCUCCGAGAGCGACAUGGACGAGACCAUCGACGUGGGGAGCGAGAACAAUUACUCCGGGCAAAGUACUAGCUCUGUGAUUAGAUCAAAUUCUCCAACAACAACAUCUCAGAUUAUGGCAAGAAAGAAAAGAAGAGGGAUUAUAGAGAAAAGGCGUCGGGAUCGGAUAAAUAACAGUUUAUCUGAGUUGAGACGACUAGUGCCAACUGCCUUUGAAAAACAAGGAUCUGCAAAAUUAGAAAAAGCUGAAAUACUGCAAAUGACAGUGGAUCAUUUGAAGAUGCUUCAGGCAACAGGAGGUAAAGGCUACUUUGACGCGCAUGCUCUUGCCAUGGACUUCAUGAGCAUUGGAUUCCGAGAGUGCCUAACAGAAGUGGCAAGGUACCUGAGCUCCGUGGAAGGCUUGGACUCCUCGGACCCACUGCGUGUGCGACUUGUGUCUCAUCUUAGCACUUGCGCCUCCCAGCGGGAGGCGGCAGCAAUGACGUCUUCCAUGGCCCACCACCAUCACCCCCUACAACCGCAUCACUGGGCUGCUGCCUUCCACCAUCUUCCCACGGCCCUGCUGCAACCAAACGGACUCCACGCCUCAGAAUCAACCCCUUGUCGCCUCUCCACAACUUCAGAAGUGCCUCCUGCCCACGGCUCCGCUCUCCUCACCGCCACGUUUGCCCAUGCCGAUUCUGCCCUCCGAAUGCCAUCAACGGGCAGUGUCGCCCCUUGCGUGCCACCUCUCUCCACGUCUCUCUUGUCCCUCUCGGCCACCGUCCACGCUGCUGCUGCAGCAGCCACCGCAGCUGCUCACAGCUUCCCUCUGUCCUUCGCCGGAGCCUUCCCCAUGCUCCCCCCAAACGCAGCUGCAGCAGUGGCAGCUGCAACAGCCAUCACCCCACCCUUAUCAGUAUCAGCCACGUCCAGUCCUCAGCAGACAGGCAGUGGAACAAAUAAACCUUACCGACCCUGGGGGACAGAAGUUGGAGCUUUUUAAGUUUUCAAGGAAGCUAUUCUUUGAACUUCUUGCAAUAGUAAUUGAAUGUCCUUCAUUUCAGCGUCAGCUUAAAACCUCUGCACCCAGAAGGUAGCCAUACAGAUGCCUACAGAUCCACAAAGGAACAAUAAAGCUAUUUGAGACACAAA